AUGUUAUUGAACUCUAUUUCACAGGUGGGACCAAGUCCAGGUAUUCGUUCAGCGGAUGACCUCUGGAUCGCUCGCUACAUCUUGUCGCGACUCGCCGAAGAGUAUGGCGCCGUCUGUAACUUUGAUGCACAGCCCGUUCCAGACUGGCCUGGCAACGGCUGCUUUUGCUACUUCUCCACAAAGGACAUGAGAGAAGACGAUGGAAUUUUAGUGAUAGAGCGAAUCAUCGACAAGCUGGCGCGAAGACACGGGGUGCACAUCAACGAGUAUGAUGCGAGCAACGGUGCCGACAAUGCUAAACGCCUAAACGGCAAAAAUGGAAUGCCACAUAUCAGAGAUUUUACAGCUGGUGUUGCAAACCGUAGUUGUGCCGUCAGAAUUCCUCGCCAGGUGUCUGAAGACAAAAAAGGCUACCUUGAAGACAGGAGACCGGCAGCAAAUGCCGACCCUUACCGUAUCAUAUCAAUUAUGUUGAAGACUUGUAUCUUUGAUGAAUAAUUUCAGAAUUAUUAAAUGUGUAUUGUAUAUACAGUUUUGUUGCUACCGUUACGUAUUGUGCUGUUGAUGUUUUAUUCGUCUGUUUUUUGUACUGUUUUGUUUUGUGUGUGAAAUUUGUA